AAGACAAUUUGAUAAUCUUUUCAAUAGGGGUCAUUGAUUAUUUGAUAAUAGGAAGAAGAAUGUUUAAUUUUUUUUUUCUUUCAAUAAAAUCAAAUUGAUUUUUUAUUUAAUUUAGUACAAAAACUGUUUUGAAUAAUUUAUUGUCGUGGGUGUGUUUAUUCUUAAAACAUAAAUCUUAAAAUCGGUUUGUUUUUAAAUGGAAAAUUUGUAUUUUACAAAAAUAAAUGAGUGUGUCUUCGAAUAGAAUCUAUAUUUAGUCAAGUAUGAUGAACGUUGGUUCGGUUGUCAUUGGGAAUUUUUGAAAUAAUGUUAAUCUAAUAGCAAAAGAAAAUGGGAUUACUUGUAUAGACAUUUUUAGGACACAUAAGAAUAUGAGUUGCGUUAAAAGAUUUGUUAAAUAUCCUGUUGCCUUAAUACGAUCUGCAAUUAUAAUUAUCAAUAAUAUUUAUUGCAUUCCAACUUAUGUAAUAUGGAUGACUUGUUUGUGGCCAUUUAAAAUCGUUUAUCCAGGAUUUUACAGCAAAGUUGAAGGAAUUUUGUUCUCAUGGCUUCUAGCAGUUGUGGCAAUGUGGUCUUAUUCAGCUGGAUAUGACAUUGUAGAAGUAGGAGAUGAUAUAACUCCUUGUUUGGAUAAACACACUUUAGUAUUAGCUAAUCAUCAAAGUACGGCAGAUGUUCCGUUUUUGAUGGCAAAUUUCAACUCUAAGCCAAAAAUUUUACCAAACGUUAUGUGGAUAAUGGAUCGUCUGUUUAAAUUUACAAAUUUUGGAAUAGUCAGCGUUAUACACGAAGAUUUUUUUAUUUCAUCGGGUAAAGAAAAUCGGGAGGCAUCGAUACAAGACCUAAGGGAUCAUCUCGAGCAUUCCUACAAGAAAAACGAUCGAAAAUGGAUUAUAUUAUUUCCUGAAGGUGGAUUUCUAAGGAAACGUAAACAUAUCAGUCAAAAAUACGCCCAGCAACGUGGUCUCCCUCAUUUGGAGCACGUUACUUUACCCCGAAUCGGAGCAAUGAAAGCUGUCAUAGAUGUUUUGCAUAAUGACCACAAUCAAAAAGAUGAACUCAACUUUCUUGAUUAUAUUCUAGACAUAACAAUUGCAUAUCCGGAAGGAGUUCCGUUAGGUCUGCUUGAUAUUUUAAAUGGAUUUAAAGGAUCUUGUCAAACUUACAUGCAUUACAGAUUGUACAAAAUUACAGAGGUACCUAGUGAAGAAGAAUCACUCACAGAAUGGCUAUAUCAACUAUUUUACGAGAAGGAGAGCAUUUUAAAGAACUUUUACGAAACAGGAUUAUCAGAUGCUGUUAAAUUAACUUCGCAAUUAAUACGCCAAGACAUUCUGAGACUUGUCCUUAUAAAUGCUUUUUUUAUUACAUCGUCAUACAUACAUUAUCAAAUAUUUCGCAUCCUUUUAAUGCAAUAUUUCUUUAUAAGCCGAGUUUAUAUUCAAGUUUCCUAAAUUUUAACUACUAAUCAAAUUUUAUACUACGAUGCAAAGAGAUUUCUCACAUUACACAAACAUACACGUGUGUUGGGCAACCGGGACUGUUAAAUUAUGUUAAAUGCAUGUGCCUAAAUCCGGAUCUAAUAAAGUGAAUGCACAAUAUAAAUAAAAUCAAUUGUCUAUUUUGUUAAAUUUAUAAGUAAGUAGGAAAAAAAAAAACAUAAAAGUAAAUAAAGAAAUUUAUUAAUCAAACAAUGUGAUACUUAAAAUAAAUAGUGUCGUUAUAUUUUAAACGAAUUAAUAUUAAUGAGGUAGUAAUAAUUAUUUGAUGGAAAAUGUGUUACAUUGGAAAAUGGAGUCUUAUGUAUUGGACAAAGACAUAGGUAUGUCGACAAAAUAAGAAAUAAAAAUAUGCAAAUUUGUUUUAUAUCUUAAAAACAGAAUCUAGCAUGUAAUAAAGUAUGGUUUUGAAUGAAAAAUGA